AUGCGUCGAGGAUUCUUUACAAGAUGCCUGUUUACUUUGUCUCUUUGCUUGAUAUAUGUAAAUGACGUAAAAGUAAAUGCAGCAAUAACAUUAAUAAGUCAUCUACGGAGACAAGAAUUAGACGAAAACGACCAUAAUAUGGAAAGAAUAGAAAACGCUCCAAACAACAAGGAAAGCGAACCUGGUUUUGCUCUGGAAGAAAAUGAAAUAAAAAAAUUCCACAUUUGGUCUAACGGAAUUAUACCAUAUUAUAUUGAUGAUUAUUCUUUCGAUAAAGUACUAAGAGAUACGAUUCGUGCUUUCCUGGAGCAUACGAACCUCGUGACAGGUAUUCGGUUUCUGGAACUGGCAAGCCCACCAAAAGAUGACAGCCGAUGGGUUUUCUUCAUUAAUCGAAAAGCUUUAUUGGGAUGUGCCGAUCACUCUUUUGAUAGCUUUAGUAAUGAAGGUGUACAGAAAGUAAUUCUAGGCUAUGACUGUAUAAAUACUGAAAAUGGUUUAUCUGAAGUUAUUCUAUUAUUACUUGGUGUACCACCACAACACAAUGCCCCCAACCGUGAUGAUUUUAUUGAAAUAAAAAAAGAUAACGUAAUGCGAGAAUAUCGGGAUAAGUUUACUUUGCUUAAUAAUGACGAAUGGUUAUUUCACGAUCUAGAAUACGAUUAUAAAAGCGCCGGUCACUAUGGAACUCAUAAGUAUACAAGUAAUGGAAAAGCAACUAUAAUACCUAAGACGGAUGCGUUCACUUCAGAACUCGGUCAUGGCAAAUGUUUAAGUUCUAUUGAUGUUAAGAAAAUUAAAAUGCUAUACAGCUAUAUUGCAAAAGAAAAUACAGUCAUUGGCCUCCCAGAAUGUAAAAAAUUGUUUUCACCGGGCUCAAACUUUGAUAAAUAUAAACAUCAAACGAAAGGACAACGUAAACCCAGAAAUAAACCUAACAAAUAUCUUGGAUUGCCAGAUGAUGUGCCAGAAGAAGCAACACAAGAUUUGGUAGACGAGAACGCGUCAAAUAUACAGGAACACAAAGAAGAAAAGAAUGAUGAACCUAUCGAUGAAAAUUUAGAUAUAAAAACAGAUGUUAUUCCAGAAGAAGAAAUUCAAAAAGAGAACAAUGAUGAGUUAGAAAAGGUAAACACAGACGUUAUAACUGAAGAAACCAUCCAUAAAGCUGAAGAAAGAGAUGGUAAAGUAAAUGUAAGCAAGAAGGGAGAACGAAACAAGUCAAAGUUGUCAAUGGGAUCGAAAGGCCAAAAAUUACUAGAUCUAUCUGACUUUGCAACUGAAGAGAAAACAUAG